CGGCACUUUCGCCCAGUUCAUGUAGACGGUUCAGUCCUGUCAGAGGACUGCUCUUCGUACAUCGUCUCGUCGAACCUCAAGUUGCUGGAGAUCAUGCUUGGCCGCAGUGAUUCACAAACACGAACACGUGACAAUGCGGUGGUCCAAAAGUCGUCCAUGGAUGCCAUGAUCGACAACGCAUCCAGCCACUUGCAAGCACAGUCAACCGGCAUCAACCCUGCCCACCCAACUAAAGCGCAACCAACAUCACCACCAUUGCCAAACAACAUCCACGAAGAAGUACCAGAGCACAUGGAGAACUUCCCCCUCGUGCCGCUGGAAGUGAUCCCGAAGCUCACCACAUUGCGACUGCAAGAAUGCCGAGCCGAGUUGUUCAAGCUUGCAGACACUCUGACUGGUGACGCCGACGACGUGGCCCUCGGACUAUAUAUCAAGAAGCAGCUAGCUAGUGUCGCCGCGGAGCUCGAAGACCGACGGGCCAAGCAGCGUAUCGCCGACUUAAUCGCUGGAAAUGUAGUGGCACCACCCGUUGGAAUCAUCUACACACCCAUAUCCCCUGCUAAUAUAAAUCGCCUCCCUCCACCAGUUCUGAACAUGCAGAUGUCGACACAAUCAGCCGCAAAUGCUACCGUCGCCACCUCGAAACCAUCUAUUUCAACACCUUCCUUUGAAACGCCACCUCCAAAGCUCCAGCCAAAGCCAUUGUCCCUUCGAGAAAUGAAAUCGUUGGCCAAAACCACCAAAAUGACACCCGACGAAAGCGCCAAGUUUAUCAUCCAAGGCACGACCUCGGCCCGGAAAAAGAAACGACUCGCCCAUAAAGUAAAGAAACGAAAACAGCAGCAGACGCUACCCACUCCCGAAGACUUGCUCCAAGCUCAACGACACGAGCGACGGAAGCUCGCCCACGACCGCCUCGUCGCCCGCCAAGCCAAGAUCACCCUCAAGAAGCAAAAGGACUUGCAAGCCAAAGCUGCUGCUGCUGCCGCCGUCGCCGCGGCAAUGGAAGGUCGUCACAAAGACGACGACUCGAGUGAAUCAGAUAAUGACGUUGUGGACGUGGCCCCUACUAGCUCGGACGAGGAUAUCGCGGAGGUCGAACCAGAAACACGAGACGACCAACCGCCACCACCUCUGGUUGUUACCUUCAAUGACGUGGCAUCCUCCACAGGAUUGGUCGCAAGUACAUUCGAAGUCGACGACCGCAUCAGUCGUAUCAACGCCCACCUGUGCAACGUGCAAGCUGAAGACAACUUGCGCGUGUUGAAAAGCAGCCGUCAGCAGAGUCGUAAUCGGGAAGGACAAAGCUCUACAGGGACACUGGUAGAUAAACCAAACCAAGAGGAGGAAGCGGGUCCAGAAGAUCACGUGGCCACACGAGUGGACUCGCAAAGGAGGGAAAAUGACAUGACGUGGCAUCAUCCCAGUCGUGCAGGGGACCUCCAGAAUCAAGAGACGUUAUCCAGCCAAGGGCCUGUCGAGGCCAGCUCUGUUGCUCUCUCCAAUGACCAUAAUCACUCAUUGACGGAAGAAGAAAUGGCCUCCACCCGUUCCACACGACCUGACGAACGCGAUGACAACAACGACGAGGACAACGAUGACGACUGCUCCGAUGGUGACGAGAAUGGUGACGAAGGUGAUGACGAAGAGGUGGAUGGUCCAGAUGACCCCAAUUUGUACAACAAGUCGAAGUUUCACACUAACACGUACAUGGCCGUCCAAGACCACGACCAGCCGACGACCGCCGCUCCAACUGCAUCAGCAGCAACAUCUCCCUCCUCCUUGUCCUCUCUGCCGGAAUGGUUCCAAGACCAGCGCAAGUUGAUUCACCACAUCGUCACACAAGUCGCCCCACCACCACCAUUAUUACAUGACAAAAUGGACACAGGCCGACCAGUACCCUCCUCACCUACAGACAGCUCAACUACUCUAACCCACCAAGCGACGAAUCACUCACGUUUGACUGCCCACACUACGGGGACGAAUGGAGCCGGCGCCGCAAGAAGGAUCCUGUCCAACUUGAUGCGAGAUACAUCACGCAUCAAGGCGUGUCAAGUCAGUGUCGAAAGCGCCCUAGAGUGUCUUACACAACCAGUUGCUCACAUCGAGCCAGCAGCAGCAACGACGGCAGAAACAUGUACAAACAUGGCGGCUAGUAAAAAGAACCCGCGGCCUCGCUCGUGCACACAAGGGCUUAUCUCUCAGAACAAGACAAUCGAGUCCGAAGUGACGAAGCCACCUCAGCGCCAGCCUUCACGGACUCCCGCGUCAUCUCCCCCAACGAAGAUGCUGCUUCCGCUGGUCGCACCAGUGCCAGCUAGACCCGUCACGGACUACUCGAGUGUGUUUCGCAACUUUUACUGCAUCAUGACGUCGUUUUACGAACGCAUGAAAACCGACCUGACGACAACGUCAACGUCCAAACACAUCAUUCAAAACCGCGACGUGGCGAUUCGGUUCCAAUGCAAGCUCUACACUGUGUGGAAGAAUGUCAUGCACGACUACACGACCGUGUUUGGCGGCGCCCAAGGUCAACAACUGACAGCAAGAAGCCGGGCGCUGGACUCGGCGUGCGUCUAUGAUGGCUCGACCAGCACACCGUUCACAGCCCAAUAUCGCAUCAAUUCCCAAGCACGACAAGAAGUGGUUGGCAUUGUCGUCGAAGCGUUGAAAAAGCUGCCGGAUUGGGAUGAGCUUCCCGUCGACUUGGGGUUGAAUACGACAUGGAAUCUGCUAUGGACGUGGAGCAAGCCCCGCGUGGAUCGGCAAUCGUUGCUGUGUUGGCAAAAGGUCAACCACUUUGCUGGCGCAAAAGCCCUUACAAGGAAGGACAUGCUCAAGAAGAGUCUACAACGUUAUGCGGCGAUGGGGGACAAGAUGAAGGCUAGCUUUGACAUUGCGCCCGAGACGUUUAUCUUGCCGAAUGAGUACAUUCCGUUCGUCCAAGCGUUCAAGCGGCGGGCAGAUGCGAUCGGGUCAUCCAAGAACUUUUGGAUCAUGAAACCCGUCGCGCUUUCGAGAGGCCGCGGCAUCUCCCUCCUCAACGACCUCGGGCAAGUUACGUAUGGCCAAGCUGUGAUUCUGCAAAAGUACAUUGAGAACCCGCUCUUGUUGGACGGAUUCAAGUUUGACCUGCGGCUAUACGUACUCGUGACAUCGUUCAAUCCGUUGGAGGCGUUCUUCUACAACGAAGGGUUUGUCCGCAUCUGCACGCAUCGCUACAACACCGACUCGGAAGACAUGAACGAUCUGUUUAUGCAUUUAACCAACAGCAGCAUCCAAAAGCAUGGACACAUGGACCAAGUGUCAGACAACCCCGUAAACAACGCAGAGGCCACCGAAGCUGGCGGGACCAAGGCUAGUUUGGCGUAUUUGUGGUCGAGGCUCGCGGCGGCACAUGCGCCCGUGGAUACAAUCAAAGCAGCAAUUUUGGACGUGAUCAUCAAGUCGCUGGUGGCGGGCGAAGACUCGAUUCCGUUUCAAGUCAACUCGUUUGACUUGUACGGGUACGACAUCCUCUUGGACGAGUCGUUCCGGCCGUGGCUGAUUGAAAUCAACUCGUCGCCGUCGAUGGGCCGUGACAACUCCCUGGAUUACGUCAUCAAGGACGCGCUGAUUUACGAUACGAUGCGCCUCGUGCGGCCGCUCCACUUCGAUCGCGCCGCCCUCCUGUCCGUACUCAACCGCCGGGCACACGACCUCGCGCAGGAGAAGAAGCGACCGAACCAGCUGCCUCCGACGGAGGUGGAGGCGCGCGCACUUCAACAGCUCAACGAGGACCUGACCGAGAUCUUGCACGGGGAGAGGCCGAGGCAAUAUGGAGAGAUGCCCCAGCAUAUGGGCAACUUUCAGCGCAUUGCGCCCAGUGCGAUGCAUCACCAGGUGAUCAAGGUCAAACGAAGUGCAUUUCGAGAGACUAUAUAACCCCGCGACUGCCUCAAAAUAUCUCACUUAGUUACUAGGAAAACCUACAGUAUGCGGACCUGCGAUACUGUAUACUAAUUACGUAGUAUUUCGUAGCUCAUGGUAGGGUACUAGGUACUUCCAGUACUACUGUACCUAAAAACAUCUGAUCAAGUCCAUCGCGUCGAUUUGAAGCUUGUAGCCAGACCUCGUACCACCCGUAUC